AUGGACGUUCAUCAGGUGAACUCGCGAGCGAUCCACGACGACCUGGAACUGGACGACAAUGCCGCCUACGACGCGGCACAAGGGACCGGUGAAGGCGUGAACCACAACACGGCUGGGGGAGUCGACAACAACGGCAACACGGACGGCAAUGAGAAGAGCGAGCAUGGCGUCCAAGAGGCGCCGCAACAGGCUCAAGGCCAUGACUUAGAGAAGCGGGCCACCAGGGCAUCAACGGCAGCCUCGUUUGAAGAGACCUUUCCAGAAGGCGGGUUCAAAGCAUGGCUCGUCGUUUUCGGUGGUUGGUUCGCCUUGAUAUCCUCGAUGGGUCUGAUGAACACGAUUGGCGUGUUCCAAGCGUACACGCUGAGCCAUCAGCUCAAGGACCACAGCGAAGGCACGGUUGGCUGGAUCUUCUCGAUCUACACCUUCCUAGCCUUCUUUUGCGGAGUCUAUAUUGGACCCAUCUUCGACAAGUAUGGCCCGCGUUGGCUGGUUAUUGCUGGCUGUACAAGCACGACAGUCGGCGUCGUCUGCAUGAGCUUCUCAACCCAGCUUUGGCAUUUCAUCCUCUCCUUCGGCAUCCUCGCCGGCUUUGGCACCUCGCUCCUCUUCACGCCGUGUAUUGCCGCCGUCGGCCACUGGUUCCGUCGCCGCCGCGGCUUCGCCACCGGCAUGGCUUCCACGGCCGGCGGAAUCGGCGGAAUCAUCUUUCCUCUCAUGCUCACCGCCCUCUUUGACAAGGUCGGCUACGGCUGGGCAACCCGCAUCCUCGCCCUCAUCUGCCUCUGCUGCGGGCUCGUCGGCGUUGCGCUCGUGCGCUCCCGCCUUCCGCCUGCGCAGAACGCGACGGCGCACCCCGACAUCCGCAUCUUUAAGCAGACCACGUUCACGCUCACGACCAUUGGCAUCUUCCUGCUCGAGUUCUCGCUCUUCAUCCCCCUCGGCUACAUCUCUACCUACGCCCUGCACAAGGGCUUCAGCCAGGACUUCUCCUUCCACCUGCUCCCCAUCAUGAACGCGGGGUCUGUCGUCGGGCGAGCCCUGCCGGGGUACUACGCCGACGUGGUCGGCCCCUUCAACGUGUGCCUCUUCUCCGUGCUGCUGUCCCUGGUCGCGUGUCUCUGCGUCUGGCUGCCCCUCGGCCACACCGCCGCCGGCGUCAUCGUCUUCUCCGUCCUGUUCGGCUUUGCCAGCGGCACUUCCAUCGCCAUCGCCCCCGUCUGCAUCGGGCGCAUGUGCAAGACGCAGCAGUACGGCCGGUACUACGCCACCACGUACACGGUCGUGUCGUUUGCCUGCCUGAUCGGCAUCCCCAUUGGUGGGAGUCUUGUUCAGGCCAACGGUGGCUCGUACAACGGCCUCAUCAUCCUCACCGGCGCCGUCUACGUCGGCUCGGCCGCCUUCCUCAUCUUGGCCAAGACAGGGGACCUGGGCUGGAAGAACUGGAUGGCCGCGUACUAA